AUGAAGUUCGCCACAGUAUUCGGUCUCCUGUCAUUGGCGACUGCUGUUGCCGCGAAGCACUACUGCCUCGGCGCAUGCAUCAAGUGCUACUGCGGCGACAUCCACUGUAACCACAACGCAUACAAGUCUCCCAAUUCGAACAACACGCAAGGCCAUUGCGAUCAGCCCGGGGGAUUCCAUCUUGGAUGCGGCUGGAAUUCGGGUGGAAAGUGUUUUUAA